AUUUCAUCCGAGACGAACGCGUGGACCUUUACCAGAUUUAUCUCGAUAUAUCCUGGUCGUUAGAAAAAGUUAUAUUUUGAAAAAAGAACUGAUUGUGCAUAAUAAAUACAGAUUUAAAAGUUUAUUCGUGGAUUUUUCAUAAGAUUCUAACACGCUGAAAACUUUUGGUUGAACAAUUGAAAGUUCGUGAAGCAACAUGUUUUACUUAGUGUUAAGCACGCUGUUUAUAGCAAGUGGCGGAGGAGCACAGCUAGGCGAAGCAGACAACUGUGACCCUGGCGAGCUGAAGGUGUGCGUGGACCUGAUACCAAGAACACCUAUUGGCCUACCAAAGACGAGGGACGAGCUCGACCUACAUUGCUCAAACACCCUACACAUUGUCCCGUUUAUCCUUCACGCAGAGUUCCUGAAGGAGCCAGCGUGCUGGGCUCGCGUGUCUCCCGACUGGAGUCGCUGCGUGGACGAGCUGCAAGGGGCCGUCCGGGACAUCACGGAUCGCGCGCAGCAGUUGACGUACUUCAACAGAAACGCUGAACUUUGCUGCGCAAGAGACGCGUUCAUAAUGUGCGUGGCGCACGCCGGGCGGUCGUGCUCGGCGUCGGCGGGCACGCUGCUCCGACGCAUGGCGUGGGUGCUGGCGCAAGACGUGGCCGCGUGCACGCAGCAACCACGCGCUACGUGCGCCGCCUCCCCGCCGCCCCUCGCCGCGCCGCUGCUGACGGCGCUGUAUGGCGUGGUCAUGUACCCGCCCAGGCUUUAAAUUAAGUUUGUGAUUGUAAAUAAGGUUAUUAUCGAUUCA